UCGAAGUUCACAAUAGAUGUGCAUCAUCAAGAACUAGCACAAAUCUGCUUUGUGUGAAAUGUCUGAUCCUCUCUCUCUGUUCGCUGGUGAUGAUUCGUCCUCGUCUGAAGAAGAGGAGGCGGCUCAAGAUAACUGUGAUGAAGACUCUGAAACACCAUCCUCAGUGGAUAAACUGCCAUCACCAUCCACACUGUUUUCUACUGUUGGCAAGCCAUCCUUUCUGAAUGACCCUGUGGGAAAAGAAAUUGAUUGGGACCACUUUGUUAAAAAUAAGUUAGACGAGGACAAGUACAGUGUUCACAUUACAGAGGAUGGUUCGUAUGCAGCCAUUCCACCACCCUCACAAGACUCUGACGAUCGAGUGUACAACAGUCUGUCAGCUGCAAUCGUGGGCACUUACAACAAAGGAGCAGUUGGACAGAUAGCAGGUGCUCCUGUUAAUUACAGCGGCAGCACUCGUGAGGUGGCCACAACCUCAACCGAGGACAAGGUUUGUACUGAGGAGACGAGAGGUGUCAAGCGGGGUGUAGCUGAUGAGCAAGCAAGUAAUAGUACCAAAAAAGCAAAGACUUUCAGACUUAAGGAAAAGAGAAAGAGAGAUUUGGGACAGUCUUCUCGUGGAAAGAAUUAUGUGGAGGAAGAAAAAAGACUGCUGAGACAACAGUUUGGAACUGAUUCAGUUAUGAGCUAGUUUCAUGUUUCUUGUAUUUCUUCAUGGCUAUGCAACCACUAAUUAAUUUCAUCUUUAUGCGCUAAAGUUUGUUGCACGUUGUACGUAGGCUCCUUUAUACAUAAAUUAAUUAUUUUGUUGUUAUAUACAUGUACUGUAAUUCCUUUAUACUUUCCCUUGAGUCUGUUCACUUUUUUCAACAUAA